GAAUCAAAUAAAUCAGUCUUCUUCGCAGCUCAAAUCCCCAAAUCUGAAAUCAUUUUUUCCAAAUUCCCUCGCAAAUUCCCAUUUCUCGCUCUCUCUUUCUCACAAAUCCAAACAUGGGCACAUCUCAAAGUCGCGAAGGUGAAGAACUCACAGACACAGAAUCAGAGUAUGAAUCGCAGGAGGAGGAAGAUGAAGCAGAAGAAAUCCACUAUGACGCCGUAGAGCGCCAAGAAACGCCUCUAAGCACCUCUUCAACCCAAUCCAAAAAAGAUUUAGAUGAAAUGGACAUGAAAUUCAAAUCCCUAAAGCUCUCCCAGCAUGGCCUCCCUAAUCGCCCUGUCAAGCUUUAUCUCCACAUCGGCGGUAAUACCCCCAACGCUAAAUGGGUCGUCUCCGAUAAGCGCACCUCUUACAGUUUCGUCAAGACCUCUAAAACUAAAGGUUCUGAUGAUUCUGAUCAAGAAGACGAAUCUGAGGGUGGAGGUGAUUCCUUUUGGAUUUUGAAAGUUGGUUCUAAAGUUAGGGCUAGGGUUUCCACGGAAAUGCAAUUGCAGAUGUUUGGAGAUCAACGGCGUGUUGAUUUUGUUAGUAACGGAGUUUGGGCGUUGAAAUUUUACACUGAUGAGGAGUAUAGGACAUUUGUGACCCAAUUUCAGAACUGUUUGUUUGAGAAUGUUUAUGGUCUUGAAGCAAGCGAAGAGAAUAAGAUUAAAAUUUAUGGGAAGGAUUUUAUCAGCUGGGUUAAGCCAGAAGUAGCUGAUGAUAGGAUGUGGGAGGAUGCUGAGGAUGAUGAUGCAGCAAAAUGCACACCUGUGCGUAUUAGUCAGGAUUUGAUGGAGGAAUUUGAGGAGGCAGCUAAUGGCGGUGUUCAGAGCUUGACAUUAGGUGCUUUGGAUAAUAGUUUCUUGGUUAAUGAAUUGGGCGUUCAAGUUUAUAGGAAUUAUAAUAAGGGUAUUCAUGGUAAGGGAAUUUGUGCAAAGUUUGAUAAUAGAACUGAGACUAAUUCGGUGCAAUCUACCCCAAAAAAGGCUAUGCUCAUGAGGGCAGAGACAAAUAUGAUGUUAAUGAGUCCGCUGAAAGAAGGGAAGCCACAUUCAGCAGGGCUUCAGCAGCUUGAUAUUGAGACAGGAAAGAUUGUGACAGAAUGGAAGUUUGAGAAAGAUGGCACUGAAAUUACAAUGAGGGAUAUAACAAAUGAUACUAAAGGGUCUCAAUUGGAUCCAUCAGAGAGUACGUUCUUGGGUUUGGAUGAUAAUAGGUUGUGUCAAUGGGAUAUGAGAGAGAAGAGAGGUCUGGUGCAGAGUAUUGGUGAUUCGCCAGUUUUAAAUUGGAGUCAGGGGCAUCAGUUCUCCAGAGGGACCAAUUUUCAAUGCUUUGCUAGUACAGGCGAUGGAUCAAUUGUUGUGGGAUCUCUUGAUGGUAAGAUUAGGUUGUAUUCAAAGACAUCAAUUAGGCAGGCUAAGACAGCUUUUCCUGGGCUUGGCUCUCCUAUUACUCAUGUGGACGUUACAUACGAUGGGAAGUGGAUUUUGGGGACAACUGAUACAUAUUUGAUCCUCAUUUGCACUCUGUUUACGGAUAAAGAUGGUAAGACUAAGACAGGGUUUAGUGGUCGUAUGGGAAAUAAGAUACCAGCACCAAGAUUAUUGAAGCUAAUUCCCUUGGAUUCACACUUAGCUGGAGCAAAUAAUAAAUUUCAUGGUGGUCAUUUCUCAUGGGUCACUGAGAGUGGAAAACAAGAGCGGCACCUAGUUGCCACAGUGGGAAAGUUCAGUGUCAUAUGGGACUUCCAGCAGGUGAAGAACAGUGCCCAUGAAUGCUACCGGAAUCAGCAAGGCCUUAAGAGCUGUUAUUGUUAUAAGAUUGUGUUGAAGGAUGAAUCCAUUGUAGAAAGUCGUUUCAUGCAUGACACUUAUGCUGUUAGCGACUCCCCAGAAGCACCAUUGGUGGUGGCAACUCCCAUGAAAGUCAGCUCUAUCAGCCUUUCUGGCAAAAGAUCACGGGGUUGAAACAUUUUUCCUAGUAUGUACAAAUUAUUUUUCUGUUUGUUGUUUUUGCUGUCAUUUUCAAUUUAACUAAUUCUUUUUUUUUCCUCAUCUUGUUUUGGAUCUGGGUUUCUGCUUGUAUAUAGUGUGAAUAUUUAAGUUGGUCAGACCAUGUGCAAGGAUUUUGAAUGAUUAUUGUUUGCGAGUGUCAAGAAACUUCCCAGUGAGAAAAAUUUACAUCCAGUAUAUAUGGAAAUAGUUUCUUAUUCACCA